AUGUGGGCGCUUGGCCAAUCACGCACCACUAUAGCUGACAUCACGUGUCUAUUUGCCAAGACCGCCAAGCCACAGCGCCACACCCCCAAUCCCGCUGCCUUCGUCUUUGAUCGACCUUCAAUUCCUCAAAUAGCUCUCAUCUCUCUGUUAAUUCUCUUUCGUAAUUGUGUGCCAACUUUUCCACAUCUUGCGAUCACCAUGGCCUUUUGUAUUACAUUCGGAACCCAUGAGUUCUCCUCUCAGCUCGAGGGCUAUGAGCAUGUUCGCGCAUACUGCUACAACUGCCAACAUUGGAAUGGUCACUGCGUCACUCGAUGGCCGUUUUUCACUAUUUGCUUCAUUCCAUUGAUUCCCCUUGCCAUGCACAAGUACAAGGAGGUCCAAUGCUACACAUGCCGUUAUACACAAGACCUACGUGACCGACCCGACAUCACGCCUGACACACGACCUCCGGCAGGCAUGCAAUAUGGCAUCCAGCCGCCCCCUCAGGCCCAAGGAGGCUGGCAGCAACAGCCUCCUCUGCAAGCUCCCCCUCAAGCACAGGGUGGACUUGGAUACAAAUGAGUUUCCAAAGAUGUUCAAAUUCUACUAGC